AUGACGUCCUACCUCUUUCGAAUUGACGAAGUACGCGAGGACCCAGAAACCAAUCCCAGCGUCGACGCAACCGGACAUUGGGUUCCAUCAUACAAGCCCAACGCCAACAUCGUGGUGAACGAAGGUACUAGUGGUAUCUGGUGGUACUGCAACGGAAAUCAAAUUUAUGCAGUGAGAGCGGAACAUCUCCCUCUGGGCAGAAAACACUACAAAACCUAUUCAGUCUUCUUCAGCGGUGGUUACGGCUUUAGGAUCUUGCGCGGAAAUGCUACCAACCCUCGGCCUGACGAAGCCUACCGUCCUCUUGGGUUCGAACACCACGACAUGGACGGUUACUCAUCCUCCGUGACCAACGUCCUCCAAGGAACCACCCUCCGCUGCCACCGAGCAGACCAGCUGUGGGUGGCCAAGCUGUUACCGAAUACGUACCACGGCCCUGUAGCCACCACUCCAGGACAAGGCGGGCUGAAGGGGGAGCUGCCCAUCUUCCUCGCUCUGCUAGCUUUAUCCAUGCCGGCAGCGAACCUGCGAACCUGCCUUCCCCAGAUGUUCGUAAACGGCGCGUGGCAGACGCACAGUCUCCCACAUGGGUGGGUCGACAAACGCGGCGUCAUAGUCAGCGUGUACGCAGUGCCCGUUCAAGGCGGAGGCACAAACGCACAAGCCAUUGCCAAUCUCGAACAAGGGCCUGGGAGGAGGUAUUACGCUUAG